ACGUUGUGGGCGAAGGAAACGAAAGCGAGGAAGCUUGUUGGCUUACUUGAAUAUAAUUUGAUUUUAUCAAAUAAAACCCGUUGCUAAUUGUACAGCAAAAAAUCCCAAAUAUUAAUGAAACUUUUUAUUUGCAGAAUUGUGGCUUGUAGACUCGAACGAGCCGCUGUUAUCAGGCCAGAAUCUCCCCAAAAGAUAAGCGGAGACAUCCACUGAAUGUCAGAAAGACAAACGAUGAUGGUGAUUGAACUGCCUACACACUGAAGACAUCUAAUGAAAAAUUACUGCAACCUAACAGCAUCCGGUAUGGAGGACAAGGCAAAUGGCUCUGUUGACACCAAAAGCCCAGUGGAGAAUGGUCAGCUGCCCGACCCUUCCAACUGGGGAGUUGCUGAUGUCGUCAAUUAUUUCAAAGCAACAGGGUUUGAAGAACAAGCUACAGCUUUCCAAGAUCAGGAAAUUGACGGCAAGUCUUUGCUCCUGAUGACGCGAAACGACGUCCUAACGGGGCUGUCGAUAAAACUCGGCCCGGCGCUGAAAAUCUACGAAUACCAUGUGAAGCCGCUGCAGACUCAGCACCUGAAGAGCAACGCGUCAUAGCACGGCCAGCUCACCCCGCCACGCACCUCAGUGACAAUCAUCAUGUCAGGAGACUCCAGGUUAGCUGCGGCUUCACAAAAACAGGGUGUCAACAGCGGCACCUUAACCAGAUUUGAAUGCUGUAUGUUCGGUUUUUUUCUUGUUGUUCUUGUUUUCUUUUUUUUAAUAAGCGUGGAUCCCAAAAAAAAAACUGUUCUGCACAAUUCGUCCACCCAGCUGUUUACCCUUUUAGCCAUUCAUAUUUCUGCUGCUUAAAUAUGUAUUUUUUGUGUGUUUUAUUUAAAUAAAUGAGAUUUAGGGAGUAUUCUAAAGAUGCGUGUGUGUGAGUGUGAAAAGUUAAUUAACCUAUAAUGUUUUUUUUUUUUUUUUUAAGUAUUUGUAUAUAAGAUAAUAUAUAGUUAAAAAUGACGUAUGUAAUAUCUCAACACCUUUAUACCUGCAGACACUUAUGAUGCCUCCAUAUGUCCCUGAAUUGACUCUGUGUUUAAACCUGCAUAUCUGAGUCCAUGACUUGUCCUGAGCAUGUAACAAUGAAGCAUUUAGUUUUCCAGCCUUUUACCUAAAGCUUCUUUGUUUCUGUACAUCAACAUUAUUUAGACUUACGGCUCUUGAUAGAAUCUUUCUGUAUAUAUUCUUAUUAUGUACCUACCUUUGGUGCUUUCAGCUUUGUCACACAGACGGCUGUAUUGAAGUGUUUUUGACCCAUCUUUAAGUGUAACAGAACACUGGAGUUUGAGUUUCUUGAGUCUAAAACUGAUGAUAAAUGGUGCUUUUUUUCUGAGCAAAGUAACUUUACUUUCUGGACUGUAUUCAUUUAUUUUGCACUACGCAUCAUUCGUUGGGAGCCUGUUAUUCCCUUAAUGGCAGAACUUACCAUGCUAAAUCAGUUUGUCAACAUUAGCUUUCUUUAAAAAAUUCACUCUUGUUCAGGAAUCAAUUUUUUUGGCUUCAUACAAUAAGGUGAGCAGCAAGGGAAGGUGAAACUAAAAAUGAGUUUUAACAAUGAGACCAAAUAAUGAGAUGUGAAGUGUUAUUUUCUAGCAAGAAUGUUUUUUUUUUUUUUUUAGACAUAAUUUAUUUCAUAUAGCUUACAUGUAUAGCUGUAUUUUGUACCCAGAAUGGAACAAUAACAUCCUUUGACACAGUAGAAAAGCUUCACCCUGUUUGGUUUUACACAUUAAAACGGAGAAGAAUCACUUGCUCUUCUUUGCUGAUUCUAAAGUUAUUUUUUGAAGUUAGACCUCAGGUGUACAAAGCAGUUUGAUCCUUAUUUCUUCAAAUUAAAGUGAAAAUAAAAAAGUUUGGGAACAUCUUAA